AUGGCGGCCGUGUUGGAGGUGGUGCUGAGUUGCGAUGCCGGGGGUUCGUUGUGGAACUGUAACGUGUGGGAGCCGCGCUCCGGGACCACGCUAACGACCUACCGGGGCGGCAACACCUCAGCCCGUGCCUUAUGUACUUUAGGCGGCGAGUUUCUGUUAGGAGCGCAGCUCGGCAAGAAUUACAUCAACGUAUGGGAGUUGCAGCGGAAGGAUCAAUUGCAGCAGAAGAUAGUCUGUCCUGGGAUUGUUACCUGCCUUGCUGUGUCACCCAAUGGACUUUAUGUGACGGCUGGAAUUGAAGAGAGUAUCUACUUGUGGGAGGUAUCUACUGGAAAUCUUCUCCUCACACUGUCCAGGCAUUAUCAGGAGCUGACAUGCAUUCGCUUCACCGAUGAUAGCAGCCACUUCAUCUCGGGAGGGAAAGAUAAUCUUGUGAUCGUGUGGAAUUUGUCCAGUCUUUUGCAGAUCAGCUAUACUCGUGUUCCUGAACCCCAGUAUGUCUGGUCUCGUCAUACCUUGCCAGUGACAGACAUACACUGUGGAGUUGGAGGUCCCCUGUCUCGUGUUGCAACAGCAUCUCUUGAUCAAACUGUUAAACUUUGGGAAAUAUCCUGUGGGGAACUCUUGAUGUCUGUGCUCUUUGAUGUUGGAAUCAUGUCUGUGGCCCUCGAUCCUUGUGAAUAUUACUUAUUCUGUGGAGGAAAUGAUGGAUCCAUAUUUCAGGUCAACUUGUUUGCUGCGCCUGUUCAGAGAGAAAAGAAUUUUCAGACAGAUAAGGAUGGCAGUCAGAUUUUCAAGGGACAUCGGAAUCAGGUGACUUGUCUGUCGGUCUCCAUUGAUGGAACAUUGCUGAUUUCAGGAUCACAUGAUGAGACAGUGAGAUUAUGGGACAUUCCAAGCAAGCAGUGCCUUAGAACAGUCAGUCAUAAAGGGCCAGUGACAAAUGCCUUUCUGAUGAUUGCUUCAGCUAACAUGUUUAACCCUGACUGCAGACCCAGCACAAGUCUCCCAAAAUUUAGUAAACAUGUACGCAGCUCUGAGAUAACAGAAAAUGAAGAAGGAUGUGCUAUAACCCUGUGUCUUCAGCAUGGCCAGAAGGAGGCUCAGGAAAGCUACCUGGAAAAAUCUGAACAGUUGUAUUCUGUUAUGUGUGCUGCUGUUGAUAAGCAUAUGUUGGGAGAUGGCGAGAACACAAAAAUGAGAGUGGCUGAGUUGGAGGAUGAAGUGAAGACAUUGAAGAAGAUCAAUAGGGAUUUGUAUGAUUUUUCAGUGCAAGUUCUGACCAAACAGACAUAAAGAAAAGAGAUGAAGAAAGAAAAUGCUGCAAAUUAUGUGGCUCUCAGUGUCAAAUAUUAGUAAUAUGCCAACACCAGCUAUGAAAAAUGAAUUGGUACACUCAAUAAUGUCCUAUUUAUACGAGUCUGUUUAAUUUGAAUUAUUUGUACUGAGCUUUCAGAGGUCAGAGAUGUUUGUCUCCUGCGUUACUACCCGUUUGCAUAGUCAGGUCCAGUUAACUCAGAUUGUCCAUGUGGUCUUUUUAGCUAAGUUGAUUCCCAAUAUUGGUAUUGCUGAGUAUAAACUUGCCAAAUUUGCUAUUCUUGGUGUGGAGAGGCCAAUCAGCAUUGGGCCUGCUACAGUUUCAUUUUUGCAGUAAUAAGCCUCUACUUUUGUUUGCAUUUUGAGUAUCUAUUUGCAAAUACAACAGAGCUUACAUUCAGGUCCUCCCCAUACUGUUCGUAACCUGGACAGUUCACAAAUUGGAAAUGCGGCCAUGAACUCAGAUCCUGGCAGGAGCUUCAAGUAAGAGCCCAAAAAUUUACACCUCCAGUCUCCUAAAUGCUUGUGUGUAUGGACUGUACAUAAAUUGGGAGUUUGUAACCUGUAUACAGAUUGUGCACAACCCAAGUGCUGGCAGUUUGAGCUCUUUUGGCACAUAGUCAGUUCUGAUUCCUUUUUAAAAUAUUUACAAACUUAUUAGUACAUGGACUUAAAGUUUACUGUGAUGGUUUAUGCCAUGGUAGACAAAAAGGCAAAGCUUGGACAUUUACAAUUUCUAAUUCUAUGCCAAAGGCUUGAGCUUUUUAAUUCACAGUACAGUAAAUAUCUUCAGUCUGAAUAUAUAAGAUUUAUUCCAUAAUCCAAGCCAAUGAUGUCCAGGUCAACACAUUGUCUAAAUGGUGCUUUUCUUAAUAAGUGUGACUAUUCCUAUAUUCAUAUAGUUACUUAAAAAGAAUCCUGCCUUUGUGCCUUCCCCUCUUCCUCUGGAGAAUUUGCCUUUUAUUUCCCAGUUCCACAGAGCAGUGUGAAUCAUAGUCAUAGACCCAGUUCUGUGCAUUCUCAAAAGUGGUCUUCAACCAAGGUGUUUAGGAUUGUGCUGUUGAGAUAGUUCCCGAAGGAACUAAUGUGAUCAAGUGAUACCGUUGUCCUGUUUUGAACAGUAAAUGAAAGAACAUCUUGUGUGUGUGCUGACUCAUGAAAGCGGUUAGAAUCCCAACUCUCACUUCAGUAUUUGUGUUCCUGUUUGUACCAUUAACAUUUUCUCAGUGUGUAUUUCUGGGGGCAUUUAUCCAAUUAUUUUUUAAAUAAAUAAGUUAACACCAAAUGUUGACUUUGUAUCCAGCACUUGUGCUUAAUUCUGCCUGAAAUAAGAUUAUCUUUAUCAAACUGUACUCAUUCUGACUUGAAAUUGAUAUUAACUUUUACCACUAGGAUUCUUUUAUUAAUGUAAAGAUGACAGCUGAUGAGCACAACAGAAUAUUUAAUUCAGCAUCAUGACAGGACCUGCAGUGUAUCUAAAUAAAGGACAGUGUAUGAGGCAAAAACUAGUGAACUCUCAACACACAUUCUGCAUGGUUAUGAGCUAAGUUAAGUACUGAUUGUUAAGUACUGAUGAUCUGUUUUGACCUAACACAACCAGUAGAAAUAUCUCCAGUAAAGUUCUGAAGUUUUCCAUUUCUAAUGCGCAGAACUGUCAGUCUUUAUUCAAAAUCCUGAAUAGCCUCCACCUCAGGAAGAGACCAAGAAUAGGAAAAUGGCCACACUGGAGUGUGUGGUCUCCAGAUUCUACCCGGAGCAAAUAAAUGUUAUCUGGGAGAAAGGCAGCAUCAUGAUCACCUCCAACACCAGCACUACACCAAUUGUUCUGGAAUCUUACAAGUAUGGUGUACAGUUCUGGUCACCAAACUUCAAACAGGCUGUGAUUGCACAAGAGCUGUGCAGGAAAUUCACCAAGAUGUUGAUUAGAUUGGAGGACUUUAGUCACAGAAGAGAUUGUGUUUGCUGGGCUUGUUUUCUUUAGAGUGGAGGCAGCGGGGGUGAUCUGGUAGAAGGAAAGAUUAUGAGAGGCAUAGGUAUGGUAAAUGGUCAAGACAUUUGUUUCAUGAUAAGUAUGUAUCAUAAACAAAGGGGCCAUAUGUUUAAGGUGAGAGGAAGGUGUUUUGAAGGAAUCCGAAGCAAUGUUUUUUUACACAACGUGGUUGAUAGCCUUAACUUGCUGUCAGAGGAAGUGGUGGAGUAUAGUGACUAUGUAUGAGAGGUAU